UUAAAUAGUGUUUUUUUUCUGUGGUUAUCGUUAAACAUCGUUAAAGAUGUCGCAAAAAGUCGUGGGUGCAAAAUUGGGGAAGAAAGAUGUCUUGCAAGCAGUUGUUCUCGCUGACGAUUUUACGACUAAUCUAUCACCCGGACAGAACAUAUUAUCAAGUAUUUUACUACCAGUAGUAAAUGUACCACUGCUAGAUUAUUUAAUUGAAACUUUAAUUAGUUCAAGAAUACAUUGCCUAUAUCUUUACUGCAGUAAUCACAUUGAUUCCAUUAAGCAAUACAUACAUGAAAAGAACCAUAAAGAUAUUAAUAUAUCAUUAAUUCUCUCUGACGGAUGUCAGUCACUUGGAGAUGCUCUUCGAGACAUUGAUGCAAAAGGAUGGGUCCGCGGAGACUUUGUAUUAAUUCGAGGAGAUGCAUUUACUAAUGCUAAUUUAAAGAACCUUUUAGAUAUCCACCGUUCUAAAGUCGUAAAGGAUAAGGGAGCAGCUAUGACAAUGAUUCUUCGUGAUAUUGGUUCGACAAACGUACACUCUCUGAAAGAAGAAACAAACCUAGUCGUUACGGAUGGCUCUAGUACUCAGGUUUUAUUUUAUAAAAAGUUAGGAAACGAGGAGAGGAAGUUUCCUCUAGAACUGGAGUGGUUUUUAGGACAUGAACGAAUUGAAAUUAAUACAAAUUUUUUGGAUUCGCAUGUUUAUUUAUGCUCUCCAUCAGUUCUGCCUUUAUUUUCGGAUAACUUUGACUUUCAGACUAUGGAGGAUUUUAUACGAGGUGUAUUGAUGAAUGAGGAGAUUUUAGAUACCCGAAUUUACUCAGAGCGCUUAAGCUCGGAAGAGUAUGCUCUUCCCAUUACGUCCUGGAAAACUUACCAUAUCCUUAACUGUGACAUUUUACGGAGGUUGUGUUACCCUCUCGUUCCGGAUACAUUUCACUGCUUAAGAAAUUUCGUUCAUACAUCAAGAAGCACGUAUAAACAUCGCAGUGCCACUCUUGCUAAGGGAUGUAUCCUUCGACGUGAUUCUCUAGUUGGCCCAAUGAGUAUACUAGGAGAAAAUGCCAUUCUAACAAGGACUAUCAUCGGAGACAAUUGCUCUCUAGGACGUAAUGUAAAUGUCGAAAAUUCAUACAUCUUGUCAAAUGUAACCAUUGGGGAUAACUGCACUAUAAAAAAUAGUAUACUAUUUCCAAAUUGUACUUUAGAUACUAAUGUUAUCCUUGAAACUUGCAUUUUAUCACCUGGUAUUCAUAUAGCAGCAAAAAGAUCAUGCACAAAAAUGAUUUUUGAAUGUGAGAAUGCUAAUAUGAUUGAGAAAAAUAUGUUUGAAGAAGAUAUUGAAUCCAAUAGUGCAAUGCUGUACUUUAACUAUGAUGACUCUAAAGAGUGUGACGACAAUUCAACAGAGUUAGAUGAAUCAUCCGUUGACAAUGAUUCAUUACCAAACUCUCCCAUACCAGAUGAUACAAAUAUGUUCUUGACAGAAGUUAUCGACAGUCUCCUACGUGGGUAUCAAGAUAAAUUAAAUUGUGAGAACUUGAUUUUAGAGAUCAACUCCUCUAGAUAUGCAUAUAAUGUUGGCAUUCGAGAAGUUACAUACAACGUAGUCAAAGCUAUUCUGAGUUUACCUUUCUAUUACUUAUCAGAAACGAAGACCACCUUGAACACCGUUAAUUACCAGAAAACAUUGCGUGCUUUAGUUACAUAUUUCAAACCAAUUAUUGUUAAUUAUAUUAAAACAGAGAAUGCACAAGAAAUUUGUUUACAAGCUUUGGAAGAAGUGGCAAGUACUACCGAGGAGCUACUUUCUUUCUUAAAGAAUUUGUUGCAUGUUUUUUACGAGUACGACGUUUUAUCUGAAGAAAAAAUCCUGGAGUGGUACGAACAAGAAGAUGAUGAAAAUGCUGAGGCAGCAAGCACAGUGCGAAAGGCUGUCCAGCCCUUCAUUAAGUGGCUUCAAGAAGCCGAAGAAGACUCGUCCGAAGAUGACUGAGUUUCUAUAUUCUCUUUGAACUUUGUAAGAUGUCUGUAUGUACACAUGUAAAAUAAUGAUUAUACUUUUUAAAAAAAA